AUGGAGCCCCACCCAAACUUAGAUGAACAAAUCGGGUCUCAGGGAUGUCCCUUGCGGCAACCCGAACAGAACACGUCAGAUCUUUCAUCCGGUGAUGCUAACUCAAACCUUAGCCGUCCUCAUGGGCUUUCUAACGUUCCGUACGUUCAUCGAUUCGAUGGUCAAAACUUGGGAGACGAUAGAAACGCCGAAUCCGGCAAGACGGUCCAAUCAAAAGCUUCAGUGGGCGCCGAGGACGACUUCGACGUGAACGAAUACUUCGCCAGGCUCCAGGGCACCAGGUACGUCAGCGCUCCGCUGAACAGCGCUCAAAAGGAGAACAUUGGAGCGGAGGCGGAGGAGAAUCUCGAGGAGAUAAACCUGAACGAACCGGAAAAGGCCGCCGCAGAUGAUGUGCCUCACAGUCUGACGGCGGACAUUGCGCAGAAUUUCUCGCAGCUGCCGACGGUUCUGCCGCAGGUGGCCAGCGCCGUGUUCAGCUCGUUCUCGAAUAUGCUCAGCAUGAAGAGCCGGGAGCACACCCCGGAUGAGGGGGGACCGGUGCCCGAUUACCGUUCGCAUGAGCCUGUGGACAGCGGUGUGCCCUUGAUGGGCGUUCCUGACGUGGUCAAAGAUGUGGCGCCCCAGCCUAAAGAACCCCCGACGAUUGGUACUGCCUCCAAUUAUCGCAUAACGACGAGGAAGAAAAUGUACGCGCCGAUACCAGGACUGAGAUCAGGAGAUAUGUCACACAACCUGCCCACAUACAAUCCACCUAUGGGCUUAACUAACGCACCGUCGUUCUUCACACCUGAUACGUCCGACGCAACGGACAAUAACAACUUCAAUAUGUCGACUGAAGUAGCACAGUCUAAACUCGAUUAUAACAUUUUUGGAAAAACGGUAGCACAAAACGUCGAAUCGAAUGUUGCUGUAGAAACGACUCAAAAUAUUCCACAAGAAUUUUCCAUUAACGUGGAUCAAAAGCAAUUAGCAGUUUCCUCAGCGCUUCAUGACCAAACGAAAUCUAUUUCGUUCAUUGAAGACAAAAAUAAAUGUGACCCGGAUAACAUACAAUCCACCGAAACAUUGGCAAAAUGCAAUGAAAUGGAUUUGAUCCAACCACAAAAAUCUCAUGAAAUGAUAAUAAAUACACCUCCAGCUCAAUCUGUAAUGCCAGCAAGUGCUUCUAACGUCUCCGUUAUACCGCCUCCACCAAUGUUUUCCAACUUGCCUAGAUCCGAAGGCCAGAACAAUUUGCGAUCAGUGUUACCACCAUCCAUAGCGAGACGCAUUUCGGCGAGCAAUCCAGUUAUAAAACCUCAGGCACCCCCAUCACUUGUACCACUGCACAAUAUAUUUGUACCGGAUUCAAAUAUUUCUACACAGUCGCAACCGGAACUGAAUGUGGCAAAUCCUGAAAAAAGUAGUGCCAUACCAUUAAUGUCAAAUCAAUUGACUAAUGCCCCGAUACUAAAUAAUAAUAUGACAAAGUUUGAAUCAAAACAGCUUCCACCUGCGGAAAUCUUCUCAGUACCGUCACAAUAUAUACCGCCAACAUUAUUUCAAGCUGCAAAUACAUCAACCCCGGCACCGGGGGAAGUACAACACACCAAGGAUUCUAGAAAAGAAUUUUCUGCUAAGCUACCGUUUAAUAUUUCUCAACCAUCUGACCUGUCAGUAACACAUUUAUCACAAUUGAAUCUAGACCCGCCUAUCACUAAUCUUGCUGAAGAAUUGACUUCAGAAAUCCCAUUGCGCGCACCAAACUCUGAUAUAUUCCUAAGGAACAUAUCAGACAUAACUGAUAUUCCUUCGACAUCUGUACCUCUCCCUCCCCCACCAGUGUUCAUUAACCCAAAUGAUAUAUCGGCACUCAGCUUAAAAUCUAAGGAAAGCAGAAAACCUGCGGAUCAAUGUGAAAACAAUGCUGCAACGGAUUCUUCUAAAAUUGUCACUGAACCUCCGAAAAUUUCUAAUACCCAAAACUUUAGGAUGACAAAGAAAAGACCUCAGUAUUACUCCGGUCCUAUUGAAGGCGUUGGGAGUAUAACACCUCCAGCAGAGGAAGAGGAUACGAAAUCAGACGAAAGUGGUUUGGACGUACACUCCAUAGAACAAGAUGCGAAAAAGGAUUUUCCUAUAUUUGAUGAAUACGUUAUUGAUCCAUCGGAAACGGAUGAUGAUAAAAUAGAAUAUAAAGAACGUGAAAAAAGCUCGGAUGAUCCUAUACCGGACGUCGAUACUUUUACGAAUAGAGUGGAAAGAUAUAAAAAGAUGGAAGAAACGCAUGCCGACCAUGUUGAUGACGUGUUUGAAUCCCGGAAAAGUUCGAAAUCAUUCGAACUCCCAACUUCGAGCAGUCCAGCUAUGACUAUCGCAUCUUAUUUUGAUACAGGCAAUUAUGCAGUAGAAAAUCACUACCGAAACUCGCUUACGUCUCCAUCAAACCUAAACAGUUUUCAGUUCAUCACUCAGAGCUCAUUAAUGCGAGUACCACCUGGUUUUGAAGAUGAAUUUCAAAGAAGAUUAAGUUUAGUGUCCAACGAAGGUUUCUUAACAACCGACAAAGAUGAAUUUGCAAAGUAUAUUCCAGAUUUAGCAUACCAAAGUAAUUUGUCCACAGCCUUAACAGCGAACCAACUUGCGUUAAAUCAGAAUAAUUCCUCAUCUGUGGAAACCGAAAACAUCUUAGACAAGAGCUCUGAAAAGUCUCACAGUGAAUCUCUUGGUGAAUUACCAUUACCCCAAACUGAAGCCAAGCUACCGGAUUUUGCUAGUAUUUUUGACGGAAAGCGUGAGAGUGCAAACGAAGAGAAUCAACCACUUUCAUCAUCCUCGUUUUCUGAACUAACACCAGAAAAAAAAUUAGAAAAGUCAGCAGACCCAUCUAAUGAAGUGAUAUCACUGCCUCAUUCAGUCAACUUACCAUCGGACAAGCCACCUGCUGUAGCAGAAAAUUCGGACGUGUAUGACUUUAGUAGACUCUCAAGCUACUUUUCAUCACCAACACAAGCCGAUCCAUCGAAGUCUUUUUUUGAGUUAAGCCAAUCUCAAAACCACUAUAGGCAAGAAACGGUACCCUUAAAGGAUUCUUCAAAAAUCGCUUCAGAUUGUUCUAUUGUAGGCAAUACAACAUCCAUGUCAAGUAGAAAUAAUCCCAACGAUAAAACUAACAUUCCCCAUGAAACAUUAGUUGCAAAUAUGAACCUAAUAAAAGACCUGACAUCUACGGCUAAUAUAGACUUCAUUCCAAAAGAGCAAACCGUUAGGACGAUCAACUUCUUCACAGUGGUAUACGAUGAUAACUCUUUGAACCCGGUUAGUAGCAAAGGCGAAUCUAAAAGCGUCAAAAAUGAUAAUUCCAAUAGGCUUAAUGCAGACAUUAGUAGUAGUAAUAUACACGAACUAGUAAAAACAAGUUCCAAGAGUGAUAAUUUAUUGUUCACUGAUUCGUCACCACAUUGCUGUAAUACGGAAACGGAAACAGUUAAAGAAAUUGAUAAUAAUCUAGAUAAUUUAGGUUCGAACAAGGUCAAAUUUAGAAAAUCAAUGAACGGUAACAGUUCAGACGCGAGUAACGGUAUCGACGUUAUGGAGAAGAAAAAAGACGAUGGUGGACAUUCCUUCACCGUCAAUUUCGAUAAUUACUCACUACAAGAGGAAAAAGAAGACAACGUUACCAUAAUGACAGAGAACCGCUCUUCCGGGGAGUACAGCCCGGUGAAGCAUCACUGGUUCUAUCGGGUCGAUCAAGAGGACAAAUCUGUGUGGAAGGGUUUCUCCGCCGUUGACUCGACGGCCUUGGAGAACGCCUACAAUAGUCCCGAUCUGGAUGAAAACACCCUGGUGCCGACUGAUGGUGGCAGAUUUGACGUUCACGUGGUGGGCAGGCUGCGUACGCCGGUGUACUGGUCUGAGAAACCGUCAAACGUCAUGCGAUGCAGUUGGUUCUACAGAGGUAACAGCGAUGCCAGAUACGUUCCCUAUCCAGAGUCAGUGGCAGUCAAGUUAGAGGAGGAAUACAAGCACGGGAUAAGGACCAGCGAGUGGCACCGGCGGCUGGUCCUCCCCGAGGGUGAGGUGGUGGUGAUGCACGGGCCCUCGGUGAUGGUCCACUUCCUGCAAGGCAGCGCCGCUGACGCCUUCAGCUCUUCGCCCCAAACGGCCGUGCGGCCCCGCGUCGUCAGGAGGGGCUGCGUCGAGAGCGAGAUAGAGGAUGGCGAGCCGUCCAAGGUCGAUCAUCUCGUCCUGCUCUGUCACGGGGUCGGGUCGGCUUGCGACAUGCGGUUCCGGCCCGUCGAGGAAGUCGUUGACGAUUUCCGCGCAACGAGCCUCCAACUUCUGCAGUCCCAUUACAAGAACUCGUACGAUAGAGGCAUCGUCGGCAGAAUCGAGGUGUUGCCAGUGUCGUGGCACUCUGCCCUGCACUCUGGCGAGGCGGGCGUCGACCGGCGCCUGGCGAGGGUGACCCUGGACAGCAUCCCCCGCCUGCGCAGCUUCACCAACGACACGGUGCUGGACGUGCUGUUCUACACCAGCCCCGUCUAUUGCCAGACCAUUAUAGACACCGUCUGCAAAGAGCUGAAUCGGAUAUACAGCCUGUUCAAAGCACGGAACCCCUCCUUCGAUGGUGGCGUGUCCUUGGGAGGUCACUCCUUGGGAAGCGUCAUCCUCUACGACCUUCUGUGCCACCAGACCCCUGAGGAGUGUCCAGGUCCCGAGAAGAGAUACGUGAACGGAUCCGCUGGCACCGGCCAGCCCAGUGUCAGCUACCCUCAGCUGAUUUUCCACCCGGACGUGCUGUACGCCCUGGGCAGCCCCAUCGCGAUCUUCGAAUGCAUACGAGGCGUGGAGCAGCUGGGCGCCGACUUCUGCCUGCCAACCUGCAAGAGGUUCUUCAACAUAUUCCACCCCUACGAUCCCAUCGCGUACAGAAUCGAACCCCUGAUCAACCCGCAGCUGAAGGACGUGAAGCCGUUCCAAAUUCCUCACCACAAAGGCAGAAAGCGGAUGCACUUAGAGCUGAAGGACACCAUGGCCCGCGUCGGCGCCGACAUCAAGCAGAAACUGAUCGAGUCCAUCCGCAGCACCUGGUCCAGCAUGUGGAGGAGCCAGCCGCCGAGCGAGCGCCAGCUCGAGAAGGUUGUCGAGGAAGAAAUGGAGAAGGAGCAACUAACUGAUGAGGCUAAAGAAGAAGUCGUCAGUGACAGCGAGGUGCAAGCAACCGCUGAAAUGUUGGGCAAGCUUAAUGGCGGUAGGAGAGUAGACUACGUUCUUCAGGAGGCGCCGUUCGAGAUGAUCAAUGAGUACCUGUUCGCGAUGAGCAGCCACGUAUGCUACUGGGAGUCUGAAGACACCAUGCUGCUGGUACUAAGGGAGGUGUACUCUGGGAGGGGGGUGCAGCCCGAUGGCAGCCGCCCACAGAGGACGAUGACCGUCCAACGGACCCGGCCAGUGCUCGCGACGGAAACGGACGACAUCAAAAUCAUCGGAUCAGAUUGCCCAUCAACAAGCCGCGGCGGUUUU